GAGGGAUUAUUCAUUUUCCGACCAAAAAACGAAAAAGGCAAAUCCAAAGACGGAGAAGAAGAAGAGUCGCGAAGGAAUGGGGAAGGGCAAGGUGCAUCCCUCGCCGCCGCCAGCUGCCGCGGCCGCGGCCGCGGGCGGCGGAGCCGGGGAGACGACGGCGGAGGCGGUGCUGAUGCGGCUGAUGCCGGCGGCGGUGCUCGCGGCCGCGGCGCCGCUCGGGGCCGAGGGGAAGGAGGUGCUGGCGUACCUGGUGCUGGCGUCGCUGCGGUCCUCGGCCCCGCCGACGCCGGCGCGCGGGGACGGGCACCGCCCGGAGCUCGGGUGCGGCUGCUUCGGGUGCUACACGGCCUACUGGUCCCGCUGGGACGGGUCCCCCGAGGGCGACCGCGAGGCCAUCCACCGCGCCAUCGAGGCGUUCGAGGAGCACCUGGCGGAGGAGGAGAAGGGCCGCGGGAAGGGAGGCGGGCCCCGCCGCGGGCGGAAGAAGCGCGCCGAGGGCAAGGGGAGGUGGAAGGUGAAGAAGGAAAAGGAGGUGGAGGUCGGCGCCGAUCCACUCCCGCCCCCGUCCGAUCUCCCCGCCCCGGAGGAGGCCCCCAAGGCGGAGGACGGCGCGGAGUACCUGACGGCGGAGGACGAGAAGGAGGAGGACGCUCCGACCGCGGCCGCCGGCGCCGAGGAUGAGAAGCGGCGGCGCUGGUGGGGCUCCGUGCUGAGCUGGAAGGCGUGGGGCCUCUGAGGGUCCCACUAGUCAGGUCCCUCCCCUCGCUACGCUUCGCCCUGUUCAAUUAGUUAGGUUUGGUGCUUUCUUUGCUUGCUGCUAUCGCUGGGGUUUAGCUGCUGCUGCUGCUGCUGCAGGUGGAUUAGUUGGUGAUGGUUAGUACUCCUACGCUAUUUGGCAGUCUGGAUGGGGAUGCUGUGUUUUAGUAUCUGUUGGUGCGGUGUGUCACGUGUUAGGCUCUUCUCUUGUGUACUGUACAUACACGCAGGCAUGGAGUGUGUGGUUUGGUUGGUGUAAAUUAUCAUUGUAAUGUAAUGUACUCCUACUAAUGUAAAUGCGGCAGUAGUUGUGAUA